AAUGUGCCGGAGCGUUUGCCGAGCGCAGCCGGGUAGGCGCUCGCCGGGCCUAGCUGUUUCGCCGCUGCCGAGGAUCCCUGGCCGUCCCGGAAAUGCUUUCUGCCGGCGCCAACCUGGCUGCGGCCCUGCGGGCUGCGGGCUCGCUACUCCGCGAGCCGCUGGCGCAUGGCAGCUCGAGGGCCUGUCAGCCGUGGAGGUGCCAGUCGGGUGCAGCGGCAGCAGCAGCCACAGAGAAAGUGCAUCACGCCAAAUCUGCAAAACCUCAAGCUCAACCAGAAAAGAGGAAGCCAAAAACCGGCAUCUUAAUGUUAAACAUGGGGGGCCCUGAGACCCUUGGAGAUGUUCAGGACUUUCUUCAAAGACUCUUCUUGGACCGAGACCUCAUGACACUUCCCAUUCAAAAUAAGCUGGCACCAUUCAUCGCCAAACGCCGAACCCCCAAAAUUCAAGAACAGUAUCGCAGGAUUGGAGGUGGAUCCCCCAUCAAGAUGUGGACUUCCAAGCAAGGAGAAGGCAUGGUGAAGCUGCUGGAUGAGCUGUCCCCUGACACAGCACCUCACAAAUACUAUAUUGGAUUCCGGUACGUCCAUCCUUUGACAGAAGAAGCAAUCGAAGAGAUGGAGAGAGAUAGCCUAGAAAGGGCCAUUGCUUUCACACAGUACCCACAGUUCAGCUGCUCCACCACAGGCAGCAGCUUAAAUGCCAUUUACAGAUACUAUAACGAGAUGGGACGGAAGCCCACCAUGAAGUGGAGCACAAUUGACAGGUGGCCCACGCAUCCCCUCCUCAUCCAGUGCUUUGCAGACCACAUUCUGAAAGAACUGGACCAUUUUCCACGGGAGAAGAGAAGCGAGGUGGUCAUUCUGUUUUCUGCCCACUCCCUGCCAAUGUCUGUUGUCAACAGAGGGGACCCCUAUCCCCAAGAAGUAGGUGCCACUGUCCACAAAGUCAUGGAAGAGCUGGGCUACCCGAACCCCUACCGGCUGGUAUGGCAAUCCAAGGUUGGCCCAGUACCCUGGUUGGGUCCUCAAACAGAUGAAGCUAUCAAAGGGCUUUGUGAGAGGGGGAGGAAGAAUAUCCUUUUGGUCCCAAUAGCGUUUACCAGUGAUCAUAUUGAGACGCUUUAUGAACUGGAUAUUGAGUAUUCCCAAGUGUUGGCCAAGAAGUGUGGAGCUGAAAACAUCAGAAGAGCGGAGUCUCUUAAUGGAAAUCCAUUGUUCUCUAAGGCCUUGGCUGAUUUGGUGUACUCACACAUCCAGUCAAACAAGCUGUGCUCCACGCAGCUGACGCUGAGCUGCCCGCUCUGUGUAAAUCCCGUCUGCAGGGAGACUAAAUCCUUCUUCAGCAGCCAGCAGCUGUGACCCUGCCUGAGGACCCAUGGGACUCUCCGAAGCACAACCUCCAGGCGCCUCCAGUGGAGACCGAAGCCACAUUAGCCUGUGCACAGCCUUCAGGCACAAACCACGAUUUCUUUCUUGCCUUUAUUUUGUUUUACUUUAUUUUUUGCUUCCCUCUGUGGUCCACGCUGGCCUCCAGUGGACUUCCUGCUCCCAUUUCCUGAACGCUAGCAUCACAGACACACAAAAUUAUGUUGCUCGGGGAACAGACUCUGAAAUUCUUACUGAGGUUUUUGUCUUCAUAUACAUGCACGGGGAAUACUUACACCCCUUUCUGGGGUCAAUUUACUCACCUGGAGUGUCUAUUGUGACUUUCCAGGAGUGAGCUUUAAGUUUUUAUCUUAUGAAACUCACACAGAUUCUACACUUAUUGCCCUAAGCAACUUCCUAACAUAGUAUGGCAGGUCCCCUCUGUAUGCUUCAGUGGUGAGUGAGCCUGCAGCCUCAUGGAUAUAGCUUAAGGGAAUGUAGUUAAUUUAUGAAAUACAAUUUGUGAAAGAAUUGGACUUGGGAGGUAGCUUAGUGAUUGUGUGCUUGCCUAGCGUGCAUGAGGCUCCUAGUCUGGCCCCCCACACUGCACGCAGAUAGCACAUUACCUGCUCUUUCCUACCGGAACGCUGGUGAAUCAGAGUGGCCACCUAGCAUUCAGCCACCGUUCAUCAUGGUGUCUGUGGAGGAGUCUCAUUUUCCUUCCCUGAACCCGAAACAAGUGCAUGUCUCAAAAGUGCUCUGAGAUUCCCUGGGCACAUAGCCUGGUAAACGUGUGGGAAUUCAGUCCUUGCUGUGUAUGCCUUAGUUUGAGUCCGUGGUACCUCAGAGAAGAUGGGACUCUGCUUCCUGUCUCCUAGUUCGGUGCCACCAAGAAACGCUACUGAUGGAUUUCAUCCUCCCCAAGGCCAAGGAGCUCCCUACCGUCACCCUGCUCUCAGUCGAGUGCCUCUAUUUUCUGCUCACUUGUUUGAAAAUUAUUUUAUAAAGUUGACUAUGUCUGAUAACCUGGAGUUUUCUUCAUUAAUAAGUUUUUAUUAUGAAAUAUAGUCAUAGAAUAGGCCAUUUGUAAAACACAGAGGAGAAAAUGACCACUCUAAUGUAAUAGUAUCAUUUUAUUACAGCCUUUUCCUGUGGAUAUUAUAUAUAUGUGUGUGUUUGUAUAUAUAUAUGUAUUGAUACUUUGGGAAUUCCAGUAUAUUCCAUCUUAGUCACCUUGCUUUCCCCUCCUAACUUGUUCCUGCCUGAAUGUAUAAUGAAGAGUUGUUCUAAAAGUGUGAAAAUGAUAUCAGAGCAGAAUCUGAUCUUCUGCACUUGGAUUUAAAUGGAUUUUAAAGUCUUUGGGAUCCUUGAAGGAUUUCUAAUAAUCACUUUCUCUAAAACUUUGUUCUUCAAAAAGAAUAUCUCUUUGAGCAUUUUUCUUUUUAGAUAGAAAAACAGUUCAUAAAGUGGAAAAUUAGGAGGAUGCAUAGAUAGUCUAUACGAGGAUUUACUAUUAAUAAACAUCAUAGCUUUA